AUGGCGGACAGUGGAGGAGACCUAGUUGCAAACUUCAUGGCCAUUACCGGAGCCGACGACGGGGUGGCCAUCCAAAUGCUUGAAGCAGCCAAUUUUAACCUUGAGGAUGCGGUUCAACUCUUCUUUGCUGCCGAGGGGAACGUGGGUGGGGAUCAAGGCGCGGGCGCUGGAGGGGGAAGCGGCGGAGGUGACCAGCGCAAUGCCGCCUCACCCGGCCUUGACAAUACAGACCCAGAUGGCGUGCGGGCUCCACUACCAACGAAGAUUGAACGUCUCUACGGCGAUGACUUCGACCCACGGCCCAUGUACCAGUACCACGGCCUCAACGGCCGCCAGCAGCAGGCCGCACAAAUAGAUGUUUUCCGGGAUUUCCGUGCCGAGACGACGGCUGCCGCAUCUGCUGCACAGGGCUCCGGCACGGCCGCCGCUCCGGCCGCUGCAGCUGGUGGCAGCACGCAGGGUCUGUCGGGCCUGUUCAAGCUGCCGGCCGAUUUGGUGUUCAGCGGGAACGCAGACCAAGCCCGGGAACUCGCCAAGGUGGAGCGCAAGUGGCUACUGCUCAACAUCCAGUCGGCCACUGAGUUCGCGAGCCACCGGCUCAACCGGGACACCUGGUCGCAUGAGGCGCUGAAGGAGGUGCUCAAGGGCAUGUUCGUCUUCUACCAGACUCACGAGACCAGCGCUGACGGCCGGGCACUGAUCAAAGCGUACCGACUGGAAUCACAGGGGGCGCCCUCCAGUGCCUGUCCCGCUAUCCUGGUGGUGGACCCGCUGACGGGGGCACAGAUGUGGCACCGAGCGGGUUUCAUAGAUGCGGAGAAGCUCAUGGAGGAGCUGGUGCCGUUCAUGGACCACGGUCCUAUGGACGCGGGUACAUAUGCGCAGCGGGGAGGAGAGGACUGUGGGGGAAGUGCCGCCAAUCUGGCCCAGUCCAACAUCAAACGCAAGGCUGGAACCGCAGCAGGAGGCGCUGAUGCCGCGGCCUCUGCCAGUCGCCCCGGUGCCCCCAUGACCGAAGAUGAGGAGCUUGCUCUCGCAAUUGCCAUGUCUAUGGAGCGAGGUGGAGUUGCGGGUAGGGACAGCCCCAUGGCCGUCCGUGAAGAUGGAGAUCAAAUGGCGGAUGAGCUGGAUGAUCUGGAUGAGGCGGCCAUUUGGUCCCAGAUCCAGGCGGCGGAGCGGGCGGCGGCGACAGCGGCGGCGGGGGGGACUGGAGCGGGGGCCACGGCCGCUGUGAAGGACAAAACACCCGAGGAGGUUGCUGCUGAGGCCCUUGCCCGUGUGCCGCCCGAGCCCCCGGCGGGUGACUCGGAGGCGUGCCGGGUGGCACUGCGCAUGCCGGACGGCAGCCGUGUCACGCGCAGCUUCCGCCGCACAGAUACUGUGAGGGCAUUGUUCGACUUGUGCGUGGCACACGUGCCUGAGGCGGCAGCGGGCCGCAGUCUGGUCAUCACCCUUGCCGCUCCGCCCGGCCAACCGCCCUUGGACCCCGAGCAAACGAUAGGCGCUGCGGGGGUGGCUGGGGCCAUGUUGGCAGUCAAGCUCGGGGAGUGA